AUGACAAGGUACAAGUCGUACGAAGCAGAUGGAACUCCUUUGAAUAUCAUUGCGCAGAAUCUUUACCUGAUACCGGAGGAUUGGCUCGAUCGGGCUGAUUUUGUCUACCUCACGAUGCCUAGCAGCAAACAAUGUUUGUGUUUCAUCAUCUUGCAGUUACGGCGUGCAAAAUGGAUGCUUGAAACCAACGAAAACCCCGCCAAAGAGCAAAUGAAUUUGAAAUGA